AUGUUGGAAACUUUACUAAUAGCCUCCCCUGAUGGUCGAAUCAUAGCCUAUGAUCCAUACACUGGAACUGUCUUAGCUCGCUUCAAUGGUAGCCGAUGUCCUUGUAAUAGCAUCGCUAUUGUUGGAAACAAUCAAUUUGCUGUUUCUCAUGUUUCGGAGCAAACUGGUGCAGGCUGUGUUAAUCUGUAUUACUGGUGGUCAAAGUCUUGUGCACAAAGUAUUCCUAUCCCUGAACCUGUAGUUCCGCUUACUGCUAUGGUAGACGGGUCAUAUCUGUUUGCAGGCGGAGUUUCAGGUCACAUACAUUCAUUAUCGGUACCUUCAGGAGAUCUUAUCCAUUCAUUUUCAGCCCAUGAGCAUCCCGUGUCCUGUCUGGCAAUCAGUAGUGAUGGAUCGUUGGUUCUCUCAGGGAGCGAUGAUGGAACAAUCGCUGUUACUCCUAUAUUGUUGCUUCUAGAUUCUACGUUUGAUAUUGAAUCGAGAAUUUCUGGUUUUAACAAAUUUAUUGGGCAUGAAUCAUCCGUGACAGGAUUAAGCACUGGCUUGGGACCGUGCAGUGGCAUUAUGAUCUCCAGCUCAUUGGACUGGACUUGCAAGGUAUGGAACGUUGUGAAAGGGAUUCACCUCCAAACGGUGAACUUCCCAGGGGAAAUGUUGUGCACGGUGCUGGAUGCAUCAGAGACAGAGUUGUAUGCUGCAGGAGCAGAUGGAAUUAUAUACAAAAGAAAGCUUAAAGUGGAAACAAAAAAUCAACUGGCGGAAGGAAGAGAGACUAUAGUAUGGGGCAGGAUACACAGCGGGGCAGUAGCGGCUAUCGAAAUGGCAAAUUACGGAAGAACUCUUUUGGCUGUUUCUGAGAACGGAAGGAUAUGUGCUUGGGAAACAGAAAAUGGCAAGAUGACAAGUAGUUUUUGUAAGAAAACUGGAACCGUUAGCAGUGUUGUACUGGUGAAAGGUGGAGGUUGGUUUAGAAAAAGAGGAACUGAAAAAGGUGAAUUCAAUGGUUAUGGCGGCACGCAGGAAGUGGGUAAGAUGGUGAAGCAGGUUGCGGAAAUGGGAGAGACUUUGAAAGUGGUGGCAGAAGACAGGGGAAGGGAGAUUAGUAACCUUGAAUCAGCGAUCGAGGUUAAUGAAAAGCUGCUUAACCUCAUGCUAAAGGAAGCCAAGGCGAUUGCCAAAUUUGAGGACUCCAAACUGACCUUGAAACUUAAAAAAUGA